UCCCUGGGAGCCUCUGGAAGAGCAUUGGGGUGUCCGAGAGUGGCACAGAAUCCCCUGGCAGCGUUUUUGCGUCUCUAGGGAGCUUCGGGAGGAAUUUUGGGGUCCCUGAGGCUCCUCAGGGGACCUUGGGAAAGGCCUUGGGGUACCCUGGAGGGUUUUGGGGUGCCUGGGAGGGUUUCAGGGUGUCUUGGAGGAGCUUUGGGUCUCUGGAGGUGUUUGUGAGGGCCUUGGAAGAGCUUUAGGCUGACGUGAAGGAGUCUUGGGGUACCUGGAGGUUUUUAGGGGAGUUCUGGAAGAGCUUUGGGGUGUCCUGGAGAUGUUUUGGGGUCCCUGGGAGCUUCUCAGGGAGGUCUUGGGGUUCCUGGAAGUUGUUCAGCGAGCCCAGGAGGGUUUUUGGGGUGAUUGAGGUGUUUGUUGUCACCCGAGGGCGUCACUUGUACUCACACCCGUUUGGAGUUUUUAUUUUGGGGGGGGCUUGCGGAUGAAUUUGGGGGUCUCCAGUUGCCUCAGUUUCCCCUUUUCCCCCCCAGAAACGAAUGUCGGUGACCGAGGGGGGCAUCAAAUACCCCGAAACCACCGAGGGGGGACGCCCCAAACUGGGGGGGCUGAUGGACCCCCGGCAGGGCGUCAUCGAGAGGACGGGGCGCUGCCAGACCUGUGCUGGGAACAUGACGGAGUGUCCUGGCCACUUUGGCCACAUCGAGCUGGCCAAGCCCGUGUUCCACGUGGGCUUCCUGGGGAAAACCAUGAAAAUCCUGCGCUGCGUCUGCUUCUUCUGCUCCAAGCUGCUCGUGGACUCGAACAACCCCAAGAUCAAGGACAUCCUGGGCAAGUCCAAGGGGCAGCCCAAGAAGCGGCUGAGCCACGUCUACGACCUCUGCAAGGGCAAGAACAUCUGCGAGGGUGGCGAGGAGAUGGACCACAAGUUCGGGGUGGAGCAGCCCGAGGGCGACGAGGAGCUGGCCAAGGAGAAGGGCCACGGCGGCUGUGGCCGUUACCAGCCGCGCAUCCGCCGCUCGGGGCUGGAGCUGUACGCCGAGUGGAAGCACGUCAACGAGGACUCUCAGGAGAAGAAGAUCCUGCUGAGCCCCGAGCGCGUGCACGAGAUCUUCAAGCGCAUCUCGGACGAGGAGUGCUUCGUGCUGGGCAUGGACCCCAAAUUCGCCCGGCCCGAGUGGAUGGUGUGCACCGUGCUGCCCGUGCCGCCGCUCUCCGUGCGCCCGGCCGUCGUCAUGCAGGGCUCGGCCCGGAACCAGGGCGAGGUGAUGGAUCUGCUGAUGUUCCUGUCCACGUGGGGUGGGGAUUUUGGGAUGUUCUGA